AUGGCCGACACCCAGCGGGCGAGCGGCCGCGACCAGGCCCCGCAGAAGGCCCCUUUGACUGAGAGGGUCAAGGGCAAGCUCAUGAACAUCCUGGGAUCCCAAGACAACGACGCCCCCUCCUCUGGCGCCGACAGGGCGUCCGAUACCCGCCUCGCGGGCAGCACCCAGUCCCCCGUCGACGCCCGUUUCACCUUCGCAAGCCCUGGCACCAGCGGCGCCACCGUGGACGCGCCCGGGUCGGCCGGCCCGCCGUUCGGCGUGCAGCAGCCGCAGCACGCGGACGACACCACCCCGGCCUCGCAAGUGACCUUCGCAUCGCCCCAGGCCCAGCAUGCAGCAAGCAAGGCUGCUUACUAG